AUGACUCUGGCGUCCUCAGGUCCCUCCCGGUCGCCCUCCCCCUCCCUCUCCUCCACCCCAUCGCAGACCGACACCGACGGCCCGCCCCCUCCGCACGGCAUCGAUCUCGCCUCCCUCCGCCGACGCGUGCGCGCCGCCUCCUUCUCCUCCUCCAACUCUCCCCCUUCUCCCAAAGCGGCCAAGGACGACAUGUUCAACCGCAACAGGUACCAGCAGCUGCCGACGAACAACAACGGCCAGCGCCGCCGCGCAGGCGGAUUAACCGCUUGGAAGCGGUAUGCCCUCCUCGCCGUCGCGGGCGCUUUCAUCGUGUUCACGGCGUUCGCCCUCUUUACUCCGGGCGGCAACAACAGCGUUGGAUACGAGGAGACUCCGCAAACGUACACGCCCAACCUUGACGACACCAAGGUCGCGCAGCCGGACCAGGGCGACUACUAUGAGCAGGACGAGUACAAGUCGCCGCCGCUGCUUCCCAUCGACAGCGAGAACAAAGAGGACGAGCACAAGGACGAGACGAUGAACAUUCUCCCCGUCGGCGACCUGGACCCGACGAAGCAGAAGGGCGACGCGGCCGAGCACGACAAGGUGCCGACGCAGGACAACGGCGAGGUUCCCAAGCCCGUUGGCGGCGAGGAGGACCUCGAGGACGACAGCGGUGUUUCGAACGUCGGCUUCAACCACCCGACGUCCUUCGAGACGGACAAGGACCCGCGCACGUCGACGUACUGCACCAAGCCUUACGACCCCUCCAAGCCGAUCGUGCAGUACGUCCUCACGAUUGACGCGGGCUCGACCGGCUCACGUAUCCACGUGUACAAGUUCCACAACUGCGAGGAGAUGCCCCAGCUCGAGUACGAGACGUUCAAGAUGCUGAAUCCGGGUCUGUCGGCGUUCAAGUCUGACCCGCAGGCGGCGGCGCACUCCCUUGACCCGCUGAUGGAGGAGGCGAAGCGCGUGAUCCCCGAGGACAUGUGGGGCUGCUCUCCCGUCGAGGUCAAGGCGACUGCCGGUCUUCGCCGCCUGGGCACUAAGGAGGCUGACGCCAUUCUUGCCGCCGUCCGCUCGCAUCUCGAGAAGGACUACAAGUUCCCUGUCGGCGGCGACGACGCUGUCGAGAUCAUGGACGGCAGCAAGGAGGGUGUCUAUGCCUGGAUUACGGCCAACUACCUCCUCAAGAACAUUGGCGAGGGCACCAAGUCGAAGGAGACGCUGGCGGUGAUGGACCUCGGUGGAGCGUCGACGCAGAUCGUGUUCGAGCCGCAGUUCGCCACGCCCGACGAGCACAUGAUCGACGGCGACCACAAGUACGAGCUUUCGUUCGGCGGCAAGAACUACUCGCUCUACCAGCACUCGUACCUGAACUAUGGCCUGAUGCAGGCGCGCCGCAGCGUGCACAACCUCGUCGCGUUCACGUGGUCCUUCUCGCAGUCCACGCUCGACUGGGACAAGCUCUCGGAGAAGCACGAGAUUGCCAACCCCUGUCUCUCGCACAGCACCUCGCGCCUCGUCACGCUCGACCCGCCCGGCCGCUCCCCGGUCAAUGUGACGAUGCACGGCUCGAACGGCGACUACGACGCGUGCAACCGCCUCGUCGAGCUCGUCAUGGCGAAGGACGCCGUGUGCGAAGUCAAGCCCUGCUCCUUCAACGGCGUGUACCAGCCCGCGCUAAUCGACACCUUCCCGCGGGGCAAGUUCCUGGCCCUGUCCUACUUCUACGACCGGAUCGUGCCCCUCCUCUCCGGUUCCACGGAGGGCGGCAAGAUCACGCUGGGCGAACUGAAGAAGAUGGCGCAGGACGUGUGCGCGGGCCCAGAGAGCUGGAAGAAGCGCUGGGGCAGCGACGAGAAAGCCAUGGCCGAGCUCGAGGAUCGCCCCGAGACCUGCCUCGACCUCACGUUCAUGCACGGCCUGCUUGGGCUCGGGUACGAGCUGCACGAGGAGCGCGAGCUCCUGCUCGAGAAGAAGCUGAGCGGCGUCGAGCUCGGAUGGGCGCUGGGUGCCGGUCUCGCGCUGGUCGAGAAGGCGGAGCUCAAGUGUCUUGCGUAA